AUGAUCCACAGCCUACUCUACUGCGUUACUACGACGCUUGCCUUUGUCGGCUCGCUCUACCUCUGGCCCAACCCGCAGCAGCUCUCCCGUGACGAGCCGGCUAUCAUCAAGCGGCGGCUGGUGUCCAUCGUGGUGGUCUCGGUCGCUGCCACUGGCUGGCUCUGGCUCGGCUUCCUCCCUCACGCUACCCUAGGCCAGCUGCUUGUCCACGUUGGUCUCCUGCCGCCGUACUCUGCCUGGGGCUGGCUGGUCUCGCUCGCUCUUCCGCUGGCGGCAUCAAUGGCGUGCUUCGCCGGCCCUCUGGUCAUGGCCUACGUCGACGAGGAGCUGCCUGGCCAGCGGCGAUCGUAUCUUGCUGCUCUCGAGCCGUGGGUGGCGAUGCGGAACGUGGUCAUUGCUCCGCUUGGCGAAGAGUAUGUCUUCCGUGCGCUGCUGAUGACGGCGCUGCGGGCAGAGGGCUUCUCCUGGGGAACUGCGUCGCUCAUCUCGCCGCUCUGCUUUGGCCUCGCCCAUCUGCACCUCUACUUUGCCGGCCGCCCGCUCGUCGCCCUCCUUGUCAUGCUCUGCUACACCUCCAUCUUUGGCGGCUACUCUGGCCUGCUCUUUGCCGCCACCCGCUCGUUCUGGCCGCCUGUUGCUGUCCACGCCUUUUGCAACUACAUGGGCCUGCCCGAGUUUGCCGCCAUGCCCGGCCAUCGGGCCAAGGUCGCCAUUCUCGUUGCGCUCUUUACCGGCGUCGCCAUCUUUGCGCUCACCUUUGACCACGUCACAUCUGCCGCGAGCUACGGGCACCAGCCGUAAGCGGUAACAACCGUCCGUUCAAUGGGUAAUGUGCUCGUUCUCAAAGGCCUCGCUCCACUCGUCGUAGUCGUCGUCGGCACAGUCGCCGUCGCCGUAGCCGGCGUCGCCAUACAGCACGGCCGUCUCGGCCUGCUCCUUCUUCAUGGCAGCAAUGCGGAUGGCGUCUCCCAGAACCUUGACGGCCUGCGAGUAGGUGAUGCGCGAGGUCUCGAACGGGUCGGCCUCGUUGAGCAUGGCAACAAUGUCGGCGUGCGAGCGGCCGGGGUCGAUGGCGUGGACGAGGUUGCGGAAGUCCUCGUCGUUGAUGAUGCCCUUGAUCUUGGGCUCAAACGGCGGGAGCGGCUCGAGCGCGCCCGACGCCUCAUCGGCGGCGGCGGACCACUUGUCCUCCAGCGCGGCGCGCGCCUUGAGCUCGUUCUCCUUGCCGGCCUCCCACACCUCGUUGAACAGCCGCGUAAAGUCGCCGAGGAAGGCGUGGUGGCCCUCGAGCUGGUAGUCG